CAGUAUAUUUAUUAAAUUUUCAAUACACAAUAUAUUAACGGUAAUAUUGUAUUUCUCAAUUAGUAUAUUAUUAGAUUUCCAAGCGUCAAUAUUCUGAAUAUGUUUUACAUAUUACUGAUAAUUGUUUUGUCGUUGGUGCUUUUGCAUCUGUAUAUCAACUACCAUGAAGAUGCCAGAGUAAUUAUGAAGGUUCCUGGACUUAAGGACAGAUUUUUAAUUGGGAAUGCAUUGGAUAUAUUUGUGCAUCCAGAUAAGCUAUUUGAUUUAAGAACUUCAUUUGCAAAACAAUUCAAGGGAAUUUAUAGAUUUUAUUCAUAUCCUUUUAAAACUAUAAACAUUUAUAAUCCGGAAGAUGUAGAGAUCAUAUUGUCCAGUAUGAAAUUUUCUGAGAAAUCUUAUUUGUAUUUGUUCAUGAAGCCGUGGUUGGCAGACGGACUACUUCUUAGCAGCGGUGCUAAAUGGCAAAAGCGUAGAAAAAUCCUGACGCCAGCUUUCCAUUUUGAUAUUCUGCGUCAAUUUCAUGUCAUUAUGGAGGAGAAUAGUAAAAGAUUGACGGAAACUCUGGAGCAGUCUGCAGGAGACACUGUUAAUAUCACACCUGUUAUUACUGAGUACACAUUGAACACUAUUUGUGAAACCGCAAUGGGCACAAAACUCUCAGAUGAAACCUCAGCUGCAGGAAAGUCUUAUAAAAAUGCAUUACUUACUCUUGGAGCUCUACUGGCCGAACGAUUCAUUAAAGUGUAUCUAUUUCUCGAGUUCAUCUUCAACUUAUCGUCUUUGAAGCAGAAACAACAGAAGUACAUAGACAUAAUACAAAAAUUCACAGCAGACGUAAUUAAAAAUCGGAAGGCGUACUUGGAGCAAAAUGGAUUGAUUAAUUCAACGGAAUCCAACGACGAUGGUGUUUAUAAGAAAAAAAAGAAAGCUGCUUUUCUAGAUCUCUUACUUGCCGCUGAAAAUGAAGGAAAAAUUGACAGAAGCGGAAUACAAGAAGAGGUUGAUACGUUCAUGUUUGAGGGUCACGACACAACAGCAUCUGGCAUUUCAUUUUUAUUCCUGAUGCUUGCAAAUCAUCCAAAUGAACAGGAAAAAGUUUAUCAAGAAAUGAAGAGUAUAUUUGGUGAUUCCACUAGAACAGCUACUACUGAUGAUUUAGCUCAAAUGAAGUACUUGGAACUUUGUAUAAAAGAGACUUUAAGGCUUUAUCCUCCAGUCCAUUUUGUGGCAAGAGUUUUGAAUGAAAAAGUAACAUUAAGUAAUUACACGAUUCCAGCCGGUACAGAGUGUCUCAUUCACAUAUUCGAUCUGCAUCGUCGCGAAGAUUUGUACAAAAACGCUUUAGCUUUCGAGCCUGAACGAUUUUUACCUGAAAACAGUGUUGGUAGACAUCCAUACGCUUACGUACCUUUUAGUGCUGGACCUAGAAAUUGUAUAGGCAAAAAAUUCGCAAUGAUGGAAAUGAAAUCAGCAAUGUCGGCGGUGAUCCGGCGUUACAGACUUGAAGCAAUAACCAAACCAGAAGACGUCAGAUUCGCGGGUGAUCUUAUACUGAGAUCUAUUAAUCCCAUUUAUGUCAAGACCGUUAAAAGAAAUAUAUAAUAAAUCACGAUGAAUAAUAAGAAGAAUAAAGAUUAAUGUAUAAAUGAUUAACUAAAAAUGUUUUAAAUUAAUUAAAAAAGGAAUCAAAUUAUUAUAUAUUUUUAGUGAUCGUAGCACACUAUUAUUAUCCGUUCAUCCCGUUCGUUUCUACUUUUUACAUCUGGGUUUUUCUCUUUUAUCUGCAGUUUUUCUCUUACAAUACAAUAUGGGGCCUUUCAAAAACCGUGCAUACAAAAAUUUAAAACGCCGGCAACGUAUAAACAACUCGCCUUGUAAUAACAAGUAUUCAAGGGCGAUGGUAGCUGCUUCCUCGCUCAUUUGACUCUCUAACAAUAAAAAAAUGAAUAACGAUCGCCCCUUUUAUUUAUUAAUGUGUUUCAGAAUUUCUUCAUUAAUUGUGUGCUAUAAUUGUAUGCAAAGUUUUGUAAUUAUAUUUUGUUUUGUUGUAUAUUUUGUAAUUAUAUGUAAUUACAACAUAUGGUAUAGUAGGUAUUAUAAUAUAUUAAUUAAUUAUAUUGUAAUUAUGUAUUUAUAACGCACAUAAACAUAGGUCACUGAUCUUUGUUGGUAUGUUUUUUAUAUUAUAAUUACAAUUAAUAUAUU